UGUUUAUACUGUCUUUUUCACUUUUACUAAAACCCCCAAACUGUCCUUUUUGUGAAACUGCCUUUAAUUGAAUUUUAUGUUUAUUCAAACUGGGAGAAAAUGAUGAGCUCCACCUCUUUUGUUUUACUAGGAAACCAGUAUCCCCCUGGCUAUGUUCCUCAGCCAAUGCCAGGACAAUACCCUCAAUAUCCACCAGGCACUGUCCCCCCCCAACCAUACUAUCCUCAGCCUAUUGUUCCACCUGGGUACAAUCCUUUAGUGCCCCCUUAUGGAGGCCAGGAAGGCUAUGGUUAUGGACCAGGGCCUGGUCAUAAUCAUGGUCAUGAACAUGGACAUGGACACGGGCCUGGUCAUAUGUUUGGUCAUGGGCAUCCUGGGCAUGGGCAUCCUGGGUAUGGGCAUCCUGGGCAUGGGCAUCCUGGGCAUGGCCAUCCUGGGCAUGGCCAUCCUGGGCAUGGGCAUCACGGACAUGGGCAUGGGCAUCACGGACAUGGGCAUCACGGACAUGGGCAUGGCCACAAGCACAAGCACAAGCAUGGUCAUAUGCAUGGCCAUUGCCACAAGAAAGGACGGACUUCUCAUGGGUACUCCAGCAGCUCCUGCAGCAGCGACUCUGACUAGAUGAAGAUUCCUUGAUGGGGAGGGAAACAAGACCAGUCGGCACCUGCAAUCUUUCAUCCUGCUACCUUUUUAUGAUGAUCAGUUUAUUUGACCAUAUACAUUUUAAAGCUGUUUUUUUGUUACAUCAUAACUGUUCACUUGUGAUAAACAACAUAAGUGACUUCUGAUUAUCAUAAAAGCAAUUCAUUUCUACAAUGUCCUGCUUCUGCAUUAUCUGUUUCAUUUGACCUCAUUGUUUCUUAUUACACUGUGUUAGCUAUCAAUGUGUAUUUAUAUUAUCUUUAUUUACCCAGGGAGCAUUAAAUUAAGAGCUAAUAGUUACCCUGCAGCUUCCCAGCACAUUCACUUGGAGCCACUUUUGAGUUACU